AUGAUAGGUGUGGCUUUUUCAAGCUCCAGGGCAGCAUCCAAGCACUGGACAGGUGAACGGGUAUUGAGCAUAGUUCUGUUAGCAAGUGGCAUGUCUCCGGCGGCAUACCUGUACCUUGGUAUGGUAGUGGAUUACACUGUUGCUGCAGCUCUCACGCUACAUGGACACUGGGGGAUUGGUCAAGUCCUAACUGACUAUGUCCAUGAUGAGGCCAAGAUUAAGAUGGCUAAAGCUGGCCUCUUCAUGCUUUCUACAGCCACAUUAUUUGGUCUCUGCUAUUUUAAUUACCAUGAUGUUGGCAUCUGCAAAGAAGUUGCCAUGCUGUGGAAAAUAUGAUUAUUUGGACAGAAUUAAAUUGCUUUCAUGGUUAAGGAGAAUUGUGUUAAGGAUUCAUCACCAUUUUGCUACAUGUCACAGUCUGUUGAACUAUGCCUUUAGCUUUACUUACGGCAACAUAAGAGUCAUAUGUAUUAUUUAUUGUUCCAUGUUAAUUUGUCUUCUUGAUAUUGUAUUGAAACAUUUGAGUUGUUUGGUUUCACUGUGUUGGUUUAAAUUAUAAGUUUUCCCUUUUUCACAUCGCUCUACUGAUGACCUGUAAUUGGCUGUUAAUAUUUUUUUCACUGAACGUUAUUGUCAGCAUCCAGCAGAGAUCAGAGUUUCAGUUUAAUUGGGAAUGCAUAAUUGUAGUCAAGGUGUCUGCAGGUCACAUCUGUUUACAAUAUGCCUUAAAAUAUAUGUAUUUAUUUAUUUUUUAGCAUGACACAAUAGUAUUCUCAAACAUAUUAAGAUGGUAUAAAAUGCUAAUACACAGUCAGGUCAAUUUUAAUAAACUUUAAAGACCUGUCACUGCUUUCUAGAUGCUUAGUUGAUUUAUGGUCAUAAUCCUAACCUCAAAUUAACCAAAAAUAAUUUAGCAAAUUGGCAUCAUACAAAACCUUUGGAAUUUCAUAUACUUUUCAUUAACAGUGGGAAUCAAUAAGGACUUUGCAAUGCAAUUAUAUUAUAUAUUAAACAUCGCAAUUCAAUUAUGUUAUUUAUUUGACUUAAUCUUUUUUAUUAUGCACAAGAAACUGAGACUUAAAUUUGGAACCACUUGCAGAUUGCAUGUUUCACAUCAAGUUUGUUUUGGAAAAUCAAAUUUAUUAGCCUGAUUUGAAUGUUUUAGAGCACACUCUCAUAAACACAAAUGGGACCUUAACUCAACAUUUACAGAAUUUAAGUUUACAAAUAAAGGAUAAAUUUUAAUCCCAUACACCUUCAUUGGUAAUGUACCUGACAGAUAAAAUGCAAGUCACUUAAGGUGAAAAUAUUUGUAUGUCAAUGAUAUGCCAAUAGUGGAAAAUUUAGAGUCAACAGUCACCUUUUUACAGUCACAAACAGUCAUAAAAUAUAUAUUAUAUCUUAAUAAUCCUCAGCAAUGAAUUGGCUCUAUCAUUCUACUCUCCACCAACACCUGGUGUGUGGUGAGCGUACUGGGGCACUAUAGCUGCAUGCAUAGGCGGAAAUCAUAGGGGGGGGGGGCGGGGGUCAGGACCACCCCCCCCAUCUGAGGGUUGUCCCCCUCAGAUAUAAAAUAACAUUAAAAUAUGUGUAUUGUAAAUAAUAUAAUGAUAUAUUCUUAAAAUAAUUGUUUAAGAAAUAAAAUAAUACAAAUGCAAACGGGGCAACAACUAAAAAAAAACUUGGUGUCCCCAUCACAAAUUGCUCUUGAGAAUUGUUAUGUUUAUUGUACCCCCCCAACAUUUUGAUGAAAUUCUCGCCCCUGGCUGCAUGCCGUCGCAUUAUUAUGAUUAGAGUCCCUUAUUCACUAUGUAAUGUCAGAAAAGCACUAUAAUAGCAUUCGUUCAAGUUUAAAGAACAUACCAGCUUGUGCCAUGUAGAGUUUCAUGCCUGAACUUUAGUCAUUCAUAACAAAUGUUUAAAGGUUAUAAAUGUACGCAAUUUAUUCAUUACAAUAUUUGUUGGCCAACACAAUGGUAUGAUUUUUUGUAUGCUUUCAUAAAUAUGUAAAUGUAUGUUGUAGUUUUUUUUUCUUUCUGAAAAGCCUAAUAGGCUGUUAAAUGCACGUUCCGUUAAGGCUAUUGGGGUAUGUUGUAACAAGUGUAACAAUAAA